CCAAACACAUACACUGAACAAAAAUAUAAACGUAAAAUGUGACGUUGUGGGUCCAUGUUUCAUGAGCUGAAAUAAGAUCCCAAAAUGUUUCCAUAGGUACAAAAAGUUCUCGCAAAUUUUGUGCACACAUUUGUUUAGAUCCCUGUUAUAGUGAGCAUUUCAAUUUUGCCAAGAUAAUCCAUCCACCUGACAGGUGUGGCAUAUCAAGAAUCGUAUUAAACAGCAUGAUAAUUAUACAGGUGCACCUUGUGCUGGGGACAAUAAAAAGCCUCUAAAAUAUGCAGUUUUGUCAUGCAACACAAGGCCACAGAUGUUUUGAGGAAGCGAGCAUUUGCCAUGCUGACUGCACGAAUGUCCAACAGAGCUGUUGCCAGAGAAUUUAAUGUUAAUUUCUCUACCAUAAGUCGCCUCCAAUGUUUUAGAGAAUUUGGCAGUACGUCCAACUGGCCUCAGAACUGCAGACCACGUGUAACCAUGCCAGCCCAGGACCUCCACAUCCAUCUUCUUCACCUGUGUGGUCGUCUGAUAUCAGCAACAUGGAUGGCUGAUGAAACUGGGUUUGCACAACCAAAGAAUUUUAUGCACAAACUGUCAGAAAACGUCUCGGAAUCUCAUCUGCAUGCUCUUCAUAAUCGACUUCAGUGGGCAAAUGCUCACUUUCGAUGGCCACUGACAUGCUGGAGAAGUGUGCUCUUCAUGGAUGAAUCCCGGGUUUCAACUGUACUGGGCAGAUGACAUCGUGUGGUACCAGGUCGGCCAGCUGUUCUCUGUUGCUGAGGCUAGCAAGAAUAACACUGGAGGAGGAGAGGGUAUUGAAGUGCUUCGAAAUGAACCAUAUGAAAAGGAUGGAGAGAAAGGCCAAUACACGCACAAGAUCUACCACAUACACAGCAAGGUACCCAGUUUCAUCCAGAUGUUUGCUCCAGAGGGAGCCCUUGUCUUCCACGAGAAAGCUUGGAAUGCCUACCCCUAUUGUCGCACCAUUGUUACCAAUGAAUACAUGAAGGAUGACUUUUUCAUUAAGAUUGAGACCUGGCACAAACUAGACAUGGGGACCACAGAAAAUCCCCAUGGUCUUUCCCCAGAGGAAUGGGAGGAGGCUGAGGUUGUUCCAAUUGACAUCGCUGACCGAUCACAAGUUGAUGAUGUGGACUAUAAGCCAGAGGAAGACCCAGCCAUCUUCCAUUCGGAGAAAACUGGAAGAGGACCGCUGGGACCAGGAUGGAAGAAGGAGCUCCACAACAGUAACUGUCCCUAUAUGACUGCCUAUAAGCUUGUAACGGUGCAUUUCCGCUGGUGGGGGCUGCAGGGACGAGUGGAGAACUUUAUUCACAAGCAAGAGAAGCGCCUCUUCACUAAUUUCCAUCGGCAGCUCUUCUGCUGGCUAGACCGUUGGGUGAACCUAACCAUGGAUGACAUCCGCCGGAUGGAGGAGGAGACACAGAGAGAGCUGGACCAGAUGCGGAAUGAGGGAUCUGUCAGAGGAAUGAAAGCAGGAGAAGACUAGACAGAGGGAGGGAGAAAGAGAUUGGAUGGAAGAGAGGGAUAUGGGGCUAUGUUCAAUCAACCAUUAUUCGACCUUCAGUCCCCCCAUGGCCAUUCACAGCGUGCCACAUCACCGAGUCCUUCCACACAUGAAACUGUCAUCCCUCAUCCAGGAAGUGUCUGUGUGUGUGAGAGUGUAUGGUUUCUAUGAGAGAAUGUGUAUGAGUGUGUAUCUUUGUCAUAGUUUUUGUCCUUGCUUUUCCGUUGGCUCUUAACCUCAUUAUUUGCUGGCAAAUUCAUUGUUUUUUACCAAAAAAUAUUACACGAUAUCAACCUUUUUAUAUUAAGUAUUAUUACCCUCACUGUUUUUUUUAUUCAUUUUGACCCAUUAGCUCGUGACUAUGCCAGUGAAUCCCAUAAAUCACCCCCACUAUUAAGUCUGUGGUGCAUUUCUCCUAUUUACACAUGUAUCUAAAUUAUGAUGAUAACCAAUCACUUAUUUUAAUUCAAAUGUAUGCUACUUCAAGUCUCAGUGGUAGCUUCAGAUUGAAGAGAACCUGUGAGAUGGUCACCAUUUUAUUGCAGACCUAUGAAAGUUUUGAGAUGAUUGAGUGGAUGACAUGUCUUUUAAACUUGAGUGUAACCAGUGGAACCCCUCCCGCCUCUGCCCAGACCACGCUUCCAAAGAGUUGGGUUGGCCAGGUAACUUUUGGAGAGUUGAGUCUGAUUUACAAUAAUAAUAAAGACUAAUAUUGACUAUCA